UGACAGCUUCUGAAGUUUGCAUUAGGAUUUAUUUGACGGUGUUGUGUAUAUAUAAAUGCAUGCUUAUUUUUAUAUGUGUUAGAUAUACAGGUGUAAGUUUGAGUCAGGGUAUCAGUGUGUCUUAGGGGUAUCAGUGUCACUGGCUUUCUGUGUCUCAUUUCACUGUAAAUAGAGAGAAAAUCAAUAAAUCCCUACUCAGCAUUUCUCAAAAUAAUCCAAGGUUAAGGAGCAUCAUAUCACCUGCUGUGUGCUCUGAAUGUGAACCUGCCUAUGCCUUUACACCCUAUAAUGAGCUUCCAGAGCAUCAGCAUUACGCUCACUAUCAUCUGUGCAAAUGCCAAAGGUUAUUAGAGUAUUGAAAACUUUAUAAAGUCAUGCAACUCUUAAGAUAAUGCACAUCUCCACUGCAUAUCCUCAGAAUGCAUGAAGGUGAUGCUCUGCUGGCUGGUCCUUCUUCAUCUCCAGCACUGAAUGGAUCAAAGAUACCUGGAGCUGCGAGUUCUCCACCCACGGCUGUUCAUCCUCCGACUACAACCGCAGAGAGUUUGGCUCAUAGCAUCAGAAGCAAGUUUCUGAAUGAGCUUCAUAAAGUCCCAUUACCAUCCUGGGCUCUGGUGGCCCUUGGCUUCCUCACAGUCCUCAUCACACUCAGCUGCUGUCUCUGUUUCUGCAAGAAGAUGAUAUUUAAAAAGAAAAAGGAAAAGGGCGGGAAAGAGAAAAAUGAAAAGAACAACAUUCACCUAUCAAACGUGAAAGAGGAUGGAACAAAACAGGCUGUUCAUCACGACACUGAUUCGGAUCACAAGGAAGAGGAUUCUGAGUCUAAAGAGGCUGCAAAACUUGGAAAACUUCACUAUUCCCUUGACUACAACUUCACUGACAGCGCAUUAAUUGUAGGUGUGGUUGAGGCAGAAGGUCUUGCUGCUAUGGAUAUUAGCGGCACUUCGGAUCCAUAUGUGAAAGUCUACCUCCUCCCUGACAAGAAGAAAAAGUUUGAGACGAAAGUUCACCGCAAAACACUAGAUCCAACUUUUAAUGAGCACUUCACCUUUAAGGUUCCAUAUGCAGAGCUUGGAGGAAAGACACUGGUCAUGACGGUGUAUGACUUUGACCGUUUCUCCAAACAUGAUGCUAUUGGGGAUGUGAGGGUGCAGAUGAAUAAAGUGGACUUCAGUCAGCUUACAGAGGAGUGGAGAGAUCUGCAGAAAGCAGAGAAAGAGGAGCACGAGCGGUUAGGUGAUAUUUGCUUGUCUCUGCGCUAUGUACCGACUGCUGGAAAGCUGACGGUUGUCGUUCUAGAGGCCAAAAACCUCAAAAAAAUGGAUGUGGGUGGCCUCUCAGACCCAUAUGUAAAAAUCCACCUGAUGCAGAACGGCAAAAGGCUGAAGAAAAAGAAAACCACAAUUAAGAAGAACACACUGAACCCGUAUUACAACGAAUCGUUUAGCUUUGAAGUGCCAUCUGAGCAGAUUCAGAAAGUUCAGGUUGUGGUGACAGUCCUGGACUAUGACAAAAUUGGGAAGAAUGAUGCCAUUGGAAAGGUUUUCAUAGGACUGAACAGCACAGGAACGGAGCAACGCCAUUGGUCAGAUAUGUUAGCCAAUCCGAGAAGACCCAUCGCUCAAUGGCACGCCCUUAAACCCGAAGAGGACGUAGAUGCUGAACUCAUGAAGAAAUGAAGCUGUGUGUGAGCAUUUGUAUACAGAAAUAUUCAGUAGUUUGUGCAUAGGUGUGCAUGUUUGUGUAUGUGGGGAAAGUCUGAGGUAGAUCUGGUAAAAUCGUAUCUCUUAAUAAUCAGA